GGGUGUCGCUGGCGUGCGCUGGCGAACGAGAGCAAACGAGAGGCGUGGUAAUCGUCGGUGAUAUCGCUUCCCGGCGGUUCUGUUUGGUGCGAGUUGGUUAGCCGCGGCCGUCGUCGUCGUCGCGGGUGUGCGUUUUGUUGGGACAAGAAACGAACGCGGUGGUGUCGGAAUCAUGCUCGGACGUCUCCCUGCGUGCGUCAUCGAUGUGGGCACGGGCUACACGAAACUGGGAUUCGCCGGGAACAAGGAGCCCCAGCUGACGAUACCGUCGGCGAUCGCCAUCAAGGAGACUGCCAAGGUCGGCGACAAUAAUGCCAGGAGAAUUACCAAGGGCGUGGAGGACCUGGACGCCUACAUCGGGGACGAGGCCUUCGAGGCCACUGGAUACUCUGUCAAGUAUCCAGUGAGGCACGGACUGGUGGAGGACUGGGACUUGAUGGAGAAGUUUUUACAACAAUGCAUUUUCAAAUACCUCAGGUCGGAGCCCGAGGAUCAUUACUUCCUCUUAACAGAGCCACCCUUGAACACCCCGGAAAACCGCGAGUAUACCGCGGAAAUUAUGUUCGAGUCGUUCAACGUACCGGGACUUUACAUAGCUGUGCAAGCUGUUCUUGCCUUAGCAGCCUCGUGGACAGCCAAGAACGUAGAGGACCGCACUUUAACGGGCGUCGUUGUUGAUAGCGGAGACGGCGUGACUCACGUAAUUCCAGUGGCGGAGGGUUUCGUCAUAGGAAGUUGUAUAAAGCACAUUCCUAUCGCUGGUCGCGAUAUCACCUAUUUUAUACAAAGUCUGCUGAGGGAGCGGGAGAUUGGGAUACCGCCCGAGCAGUCGUUAGAAACGGCCAAGUCGAUCAAAGAGAAAUACUGUUACAUAUGCCCGGAUAUAUCCAAGGAAUUCGCCAAGUACGACAGCGACCCGACGAAAAUUAAAAAGUACGAAGGUGUUAACAAUAUCACCAAGCAACCUUUCGUGGUGGACGUCGGAUACGAGAGGUUCCUUGGACCGGAGAUAUUCUUCCAUCCUGAGUUCUCCAAUCCGGACUUUACGACGCCGCUCAAUGAAAUAGUGGACGAUGUGAUUCAAAACUGCCCAAUCGACGUCAGGAGACCAUUGUACAGUAAUAUCGUAUUAUCGGGUGGCUCCACCAUGUUUAAAGACUUUGGCAGACGGUUGCAGCGCGACAUCAAGAAGAUCGUUGACACGCGGCUCAAGCUCAGCGAGACGCUGAGCGGCAGUCACAUUACGCCGAAACCAAUAGACGUCCGCGUGAUAUCGCAUCACAAGCAACGUUGCGCGGUGUGGUACGGUGGCGCAUUACUGGCCAGCGAUCCAGAAUUCUACACGGUUUGUCACACGAAGAAGGCAUACCAAGAGUACGGUCCUGGAAUUUGUCGCUACAAUCCCGUAUUUCACAGUAUGGUUUAAGAAAUAAAUUGGAACGAGAGCACACGGCGAGCGAAAUCAUUUCCAAGAGUAUUGUCAUUUUACGAGUGCGAGGACUCGGGUAAUCUACUUCUUUUCUUUUCCUUCUAACUUGGUGCUAAAAUGCAAUUAAAAGUAAUUCAAAGAUUCCGACUUGUUUGUACUUGUUACAAAAUCAUGUCGGCAUGUUUGAGUACGUAACUCGAAUUUAUGAUUGUAGAUUAUGAAACGUAUGUUUAACGAUAAUUUACGUUUACUCCCGUUCUUGGGAUCUCAUCGAUCAUCGUUCAUGCUGUAUACGCGUAUAUAUCUGUAUACACUGUCUACGAGGCGCAUUUCCAUAGACUUUACUAUGUAUAUUUACUGCAGUAUAGGUAUAUUUAUCAUAUUUACAAGUUUAAAAAAAAUGCAUAUACAAUAACGGAUUUAUGAUGUUAUAACAAUUGUCUGUUGUUUAAUGCAGCGAUGCAUAAUACUGCAAUACUACGUGCUAUAUUCAGAAGCAUUUUUACAUUGAGCAGAAAUUCUAACAAAAUUGCAAUUUUUAUAUAUAAAAUUUCUUUAUAAACGAAAUCAAAUGACUCCGAAAUUAUCUUUGUAUUGGAUUAUCGUAUGUACCGACUACUUUUCUGCAUUUUUACAUGUACUAUUUAAAACGAUAUAUGUGUAUUACUUAAAA